AUGAGGACGCUGGAAAUCACGUUGUGGUUGCUGCUUGCGUUGGCAGCGGUAUUAGCCGUGCCCGUUAAGGACAAGGAUGUUGAGAAGGAUGAGUCAGCGAGAGAGAAGCGCUCACCAAGUGGCUGGCAUUCCCCUCCUGAAGGUAUUUGGAAGAAAAAACUCGUCUGGAAGGAGGAAUGGAAACAGAUAUGGAAAACGGAAAAGAAAUUAGUUUGGAAGCCUGAAUGGAAGAAAGAAAAGGUACCUGCCUGGAAAACUGAGAAGAUCCAACAAUGGAAAGAGGAGCAAGUACCGGACUGGAAAAUAGUACAGAAACCAAUUUGGAAGGAGGUUCAAGUACCCAUAUGGAAAGAAGUACAGGUACCCGACUGGAAGAAAGUAUGGAAACCAGUCUGGAAAGAAAUUCAAGUUCCGAUCACGAAAGACGUGCAGGUGCCUGAAUGGAAACAGUCUUACAUCCCUGAAUGGGUUAAGGAAGGUAUCCCCGGUGAAAAGUUCUUAGGUAAGGACGACCAUGGUUGGGAAUACACCAGUCAUGACUUGUGGAGAAAGAAGAUGAUUUGGAAACCAGUAUGGAAGAAGGUGUGGAAAACUGUCCAGAAACAGGAAUGGGUAACCGAUAAGAAACUCGAAUGGAAAGAGGAGUGGAAACAGAUCUGGAGAACCGAGAAGAAACAAGCUUGGGUAACGGAGAAAAAGCAGGAGUGGGUGGAAGAGAAGGUCCAAGUAUGGAAGACGAUCAAAAAGGAAAUUUGGGUACCGGUUCAAAAGAAAAUCUGGGUAGAGAAAUGGAAGCAGAUUCAAGUACCUGUAUGGAAAACGAUAGAGGUUCCUGCCUGGAAGAAGGUUUGGAAACCAGUGUGGGAGAAAGUGUGGGUUCCGAUCCAUCACGACCACCAUGGAUGGGAC